AUGCCUGCGAAGGUAGUCCCAGACCUGGAGCCGUAUGUUCCGCCUCCACAGACCAAGGAAAACUUGGACUGGGCUGAGCUGGAGGCUCUCGACAUCUCCCGAUUAGAUCAACCCGGAGGCAAGGAGGCUUUGGCCGAACAAGUGCUGAGAUUCAUCAACAAGAAUGGAUUCUUCUACGUCACCGGGCAUGGCCUCACAGACGAGCAGAUCAACCGCCAGUAUGCCAUCGGCAAGGCCUUUUUCCGGCUGCCACUGGAAGAGAAGAUGAAAUAUCUGUGUAACACGGCCGUUGGAGAUUUCCGUGGAUACAAACCGCGGUCGACUGGGGAACUCAGCUCGAGGGAUAACGACGAACGCUACAAUAUUCCCAAGUUCACGCCAGAGCACGAACGACCACACCCGCAGCUGAUCCUGGACCAUUACGAGGAGAUCAAAGAGUUUUCAUUGCACAUCCAUAACAAAAUUCUCCUACCACUGCUGCGACUGUUCGCGUACGUGCUGGAAAUCGACGAGGACUACCUCGUCAACCUCCACCGGUACGAGGAGAAAGGACUCGAAUACCUGCGCUACAUGCAGUACUAUCCUCGCACAGCUGAGGAAGACCGCAAACUGGGCAACAUCUGGGCCCAAGGCCACACGGACUACAACACGCUCACCUUCCUCUUCUACCAGCCAGUGGCGGGCCUGCAGGUGCUGACUACAGACGGCACCUGGAAAUACGUCAAGUCGGAGCCGGGAUCUAUUAUCGUCAACAUUGCCGAUGCGCUGGAGUUUCUGAGCGGUGGCUUCCUGAAGUCGACCGUCCAUCGAGUCGUGCGGCCGCCGAGUGACCAGGCUGAUAAGCCGCGACUUGGACUGAUAUAUUUCGCACGUCCAGAGGCGGCGGUACGGAUGAAGCCGGUGAAAAGCCCGCUGCUGGAGAGACUGGGCAUCCAGAUUCCAGAGUCAGAGAGGAAGGCUUUGGAGGGGAUCACUGCGGAGGAAUGGGCGAGGGCCCGUAUAGCAAAGGACCACCGUUUUCGCACUGGAGUUGUUAACCAUCGCGAGACGGAGAUUAUUGCUGGUGUUUACCAGAAAUACUACGAUUGA